CCUCUUGGCUCGAUAAUGUGAUGACGAUGACCCACAUCAGCAGCACCAGCUUCUUCCAGAAGUUUCCUCGCAGGGUUUUCAGCUCGGCGGCGACACACAGACGCCCAUGUAUGACCAUGGUGUUCAAUGUUGUGUGGUUUAAGUGAAGUUAUAGUAUUUCUCGUCGUCUACUGGAAUAGUAAAACGUUGUCAUCUGUGUGGGACAGUUCAGCUUACCUUGACAGUUAGCCAGCUAGCUACAUUCCGCAGCGGUGACAGCUGCGGCGGAGGAGCCUGUGAACCUGGCCCACUCAGCGGACAUGCUGGAUGUGUAAUGAACUAACCCUGAAGAUGUUGUUUAUGAAGUUUUAAAGGGGCUGACCGGUCAUUGUUAUGGGUAAGGAUUACUACAAAGUGCUCGGGAUAGCAAGAGGUGCUUCCGAAGAAGAGAUCAAAAAGGCGUACAGAAAACAGGCCUUGCGUUAUCACCCGGACAAAAACAAGUCUCCUGGAGCAGAGGAUAAAUUCAAGGAGAUUGCUGAAGCCUAUGAUGUCCUCAGUGAUGCCAAGAAAAAGGACAUUUAUGAUCGCUUUGGAGAAGAAGGACUGAAGGGCUCUUCUGGUGGCGGAGGAGGUGGAGGAGGAUCAAGCGGCCACAGCUACAACUACACCUUCCAUGGAGACCCUCAUGCAAUGUUCGCCGAGUUCUUCGGCGGCCGCAGCCCUUUCGAUCACUUCUUCUCUCAGAACGGAGAGGAUGAAAUGGACAUCAAUGACCCUUUUGCACCAUUUGGCAUGGGACGAAUGGGCGGCAUGGGCGGCUUUCCCAGAUCCUUCAAAUCUCACCCAGGAGGCCCUCACAGAGCGCACGAGAAGAAGAAGGACCCGCCUGUUGUCCAUGAGCUGAAGGUGAGCCUUGAGGAGGUUUUCUCAGGAUGCACCAAAAAGAUGAAGAUAUCCAGAAAGAGAAUGACAGAUGGCUGCACCGUGCGAAGUGAAGACAAGAUUUUAACUGUCGACAUCAAGCGCGGCUGGAAGGAGGGAACAAAAAUCACUUUUCCCAAGGAGGGGGAUGAAACUCCGACCAACAUUCCUGCAGAUGUGGUGUUUGUCGUCAAAGAUAAACCCCACCCGGUGUUCAAAAGAGAGGGCUCAGAUAUCAUUUAUCCUGCUAAAAUCUCCCUCAGAGAUGCAUUGUGUGGAUGCACGGUCAACGCCCCGACGCUGGAUGGCCGGACCAUCACUGUGACCUCCAGAGACGUUGUCAAACCUGGAACCAAAAAGCGUAUCGCUGGCGAGGUCCCUCUGUCCAAGUGCCCCGAGAGGAGAGGAGACAUGAUCCUGGACUUCACCGUGAAAUUUCCAGACAGACUUGGCCAAAACACACGAGACGCACUCAAGCAGAUCCUCCCGCCCUGACUUGAAGCGAGGAAAAGCUUGCUCUGAAAAAGAUGUGACAAGUUAACAUUUCCAGUCCUGAACAUUUGAAGCCUGUACGAAUCAGGCUAAGGGAAGAUUAAUUCCAGCUGCCUGAACACCAAAUCCGUAUUACUUCCUAGUAACUUGUCAGUUUAAUGACUGCGUUCAGACAGAAGAGCUGACUUUACUUUGAUUUGUGCGAUCACUUGAGGUUGAGUAACAGUAUUAAGUAACAGUCUGCCACAUUGACAGACCAGAUCAGGAACAUUUUUUAAAGUAAAUAUCUAAGCAGUGAUGUGGCACCAAGACAUUGACAUUGUAGAAAGCUGAGUGUUUUUGUUUGAAGUUAAGUUGCAAGUUUUCAUAUAGCUAAUGAGUAAUACAUUUGUGUGGGUGCUUUAAGGUAGAACACAGCCAGCUUAGUAACAAUACCUCAGGUGCAGUGGUGCAGACUUUGACGUAGCAACGGGCACGUUUUUUGAAUGAUGUAAGUGAAGCUUAAAUACAGGGAGGUGGUAAUUAUGGAUUGUUUAAUGAGGAGGUUAUGAUCUGAUGCAUUCUUUCAGCAGGUAUAUGGACACACUGACUGAAGUGCAUCACUAAGAUGGAGAUGUAAACUCUGGAAAAAAAAAACACAUCUGCAGAAAAUGCACUAAGUGAAGGUGAGGGACUCGACUUUAUCCUGGAAGCAUUCCUGUUUUUUUUUGUUUGUAUUCAGUUUGUUUUUUAAAGGAGUCUCCUCCAAUCAUAUCACAGCUAACUUUGGCUACAUGUAGGAAAGUCUACAGAGGUGGAACUCAUUGGCAAAAGUGCAAUCUCCCCAAAGCGGUCUUUAGCCCUUUUUCAGGCUGCUUCCCCCCCCCCCUGCAAAAAUGUCAUAUUAAGCUCAGCCAUCAUCCCGUCUUUGGACAUUCAUUGAUUCCGCAACGGUGUGAUAUUCUUGUCCCACUCUGUGAAUCCUCAUUGCGUUUCGGUGUUGCAGAAGCACUCACCCGCUGAAACCGUCUCACGACAGAGGCGUUACAGAGGGAGGAUCACUUCAGACUCACAGGGGCGUUAUUAUCGCUGCUCCAAACGGCAGUCUGCAUAGGGCUUGUGAUGACAUUUCUCUUCAUGUCUGUAAACAAAUUUCUCCAUAUGAAUGCCGACACAGUUUUGUGUUACACCUGCUGUUAAGAGUCCAUUUGCUGAUACAGUUGUUAACAAUGACCAGCGCUUUAGAGAAUACUGGUGUAUCCAUCAAACUGUUACCGACAGCUUCCAGGAUCUGGCACCAUUUAUACUCUGAGUAUGUCGAUGUCACUUCAGUGUUUCAGCUUAGUACACUCAGUCACAGCAGGCCAUCGUUUACAUGAGCCCAUGAUCCAACAAACUCUCAAGAAUAUUCACCAAACUCUAAAUAAUAAUGGUGCACAGGCCUCCAUCUCAUCUCAAGAUUUGGAGAUAGAGACUGCAUGCUGCAGGGAAGGAUUAUACACAUUUUAAAUCUAGGAAAUAACUCAGCUCAGUUCAUCUGAGUUUAAGGAGACAGUUUCUUAUCAGGAGGGGAAAUAAGUCAGUUGUCUUUUUUUCUGUUUAAGAUAGCACACCUUCAAAAAUGUUUACUUGUUGAGCUGGCAGUGCAGAGCCUAUCCCAUGUGAAAAAUGUUUGCACAAAGAAGAGCUGUGCCAAAUAGUUGUCCCUAUUUAAUUAUGUCUGUGUGUGUGUCCACAAGUAUGUCGAGAGCUUGUUUUUUCCUGUCAUGUGUGACUGAAUCACUAUGAAAACAUUUACUCUUUUAAGCUAAGCAACGUUCAGAAGGUUGAGUAUGAUAUUUGUGUCUGUUUGUCUUCCUAUUUAAUCUAAAGCCAGUGCGUUUACGUCUUUCUUUUAAUUCUGUUUUUGAACCUUGGGUCAUCAGUCUUGCAUGAAAUAUUGCUAAAGGCUGAGGUGUGAAAAUACCUUUGAGCCCCCGAUGUAAAUGUCUGCAGAAGAUAUUUCUUAUCCCUCACAGCAUUUAGCUCCAAGAUGUUCAUCACCUAGACGUAUAUUUAGUUUCAUAUUUCAGUGGGGAUAAAAAAGUCACUGUUCGACCUGUUUGUGAAGCUGUGCACCUUUGACUGUGGUGAGGAUUGAAGUUUGUGAAGCAGUUCAUUUUUCUUUUUGUGUGUGUGUUGAUGUGACUGUCACAACGUCAUGGCAGUGUUUACUACAUCCUGCUCCUGCUGGAGUUUUUAAGUUACACAAACAUGUGAUUAACAUGAAUGUAGAGAUGUGUAAUCUCUGUUAUGUGUCCUUUUUUUUUUUUUUAAAGGAUGCUUGCUGGUUUUUCCUUUUUAAGGGAAAGAUGCGUCAGCAUCAGUGUGUGUUACCUCUUAAUCAUGUUUAAAAAUUCAAAGGUUGGGGUUUAAGAAUAUAUCAUUUGUAACAGCAAAACUUUUAUGAAUUCAUAAUGUGAGGACAUUUUUUAAUGGAUCUUUCCUAUGCUGUGUUGAUUUGCAUUUGAACAUUAAAAAAACUGGCUGUUUAAUCA